AUGCGGUGCGUGUCGCAAUUCUGGCUGCUCACCCGCAAAAACCUGCUCCUCAUCUGGCGCAACAAGGUAUGGACGCUGAUGGAGAUUGUCGUCCCGCUGCUGAUCGGCAUCCCGAUUCUCCUCAAAAUGGGCCAGAAGAUCUCGACGAUGGCGAUGGAGGCAUUUCUGCGAAGCCAAGUGCGCCGCGGGUCGUUGGACCCGCCGGGGAAUGGCACCAAACCAGAGCCCACCUUACCGCCCGGUUCCAUCCUCGUGGAGAAGCUCCAUUACGGUAUCGAGAUCCUGGCGUUUUCACUGCACCCGGCGAAGCUGGACUACCGUGUCUGGACGGCCGGCAAGGCGGGCGAAUGGAAAUUCGAGCAGCACUGGGCCGCCUACAACGGCUUAGGUGGCGAGCCCCCGAACCGGAUGUCUACAUACGUAGCGAGGCAAGUGCUGUCGAUCCAGGCGCGACUCGAUGAAGUUUUUAUUGAGAUCGUCAAAGCCAAGGUGAAUGGAACCGUCGCCGACCCAGGGCCGCCCAUAUAUCGCUCGUUCCACGCCCAGGCGCCACCGAUGAAGCUGGCCGUUUCAUUCAUCGGCUAUAUCCCCGGUCUGCUCGCCAUUCUCCUCUUCCCCGGCAUCAUCCAUCUCGCGAAGGACAUCUCCUUCGAGGUCGAGAUUGGGCUGAGGGAAUACAUGCAGGUGAUGGGGCUCUCCCCGCUGCUCUUCUACCUCAGCCACGGCUUCAUCGGGUGGUUCAAGUCGAUGAUCCUGCUCCCGUUCUUUGCCUAUCCGCUGAUGGGCUACUUUGAUCUGCUGCCAAUAUACUGCAUCGGCGGCGUCAUCUUCCUCUACUCGCUCUCCGUCAGCGCGUUCGCCAUCCUCUGCUCGUCCAUUCUGAAGACGUCGUCGAGUGUUUUCAAAUUGGCCAUGAUUCUGUGGCUGCUGACCGUCAUCCAGCCGAUCGUACUCCCGGUGGAACGACACGAUGCGAUGUGGUGCUUCAUCCAGUCCCUCAACCCCAACCAGGCCUUCUCCCUGGCGCUCGACCUAUGGUUGAACUACGACGAGCGCAACAAACCUAUCGAGUGGUCCGACAUGAUAGCCGACUGGCGCAAGGAGUUCAACUUUGCCUGCAUCUGCGGCAUGCUAUUGUUCGACGCCCUAUGGAUGUUCUUCGGCGCACUAAUGAUGGAUCGUCUACGCUCCGAGCAAACGAACUUCUUCCGCGAUCUCUUGUCCCGAAUGUCGCCAAUGCGCCCAUCGUCGAAAAAGAAGAAGAAAAACAAGGGCGACGACGAUAAUAACAACCAGCUGGUGGACGAGGAGGACGAGAAGCGCGAGGCCGCACACGCCGAUUUGGAAGUGAAGAAUGUGACCAAGAAGUUCAGCCUCACCGGCGGCUGGGUGUUGAAGGGGGUCAACCUGAAGGCGAUCCAGGGCCAGAUUACCGUCCUGCUCGGGCACAACGGCGCCGGCAAGAGCACGACGUUCUCGAUUCUGUGCGGCCUGGCGAGUGCAACGUCGGGGAAGGUGAAGGUCAACUCGAAACCGGUCGGCCUGUGUCCCCAGAAGAACCCGCUCUUCCCGAAGUUGACCGUCGCCGAGCACCUUUGGUUCUUCCAUCACCUCAAGCGCGGCAAGGACAACCACAAGACGGCCGGUGACGCGCUCAUGCGGGACUUGAAGUUUUACGAUAAGAGACACGAGCUGUCAAUGAACUUGUCCGGGGGCACAAAACGGAAACUCCUCGUCGCAAUGGCAAUCAUUGGACGAUCGAGGGUGGUGCUCCUCGAUGAACCGACAGCCGGCAUGGACCCUGGCGCCAGAAGGGCCGUCGAAUUCGUGCUGCAGCGCAUCAAGAAGGACAGAACUGUCCUCCUCACCACCCACUACAUGGACGAGGCCGAGAAGCUCGGCGAUUGGGUGACGAUCAUGCAGGGUGGCCGUGACGUCAUCAACGGCUCGCCCGGGUACCUGAAGCGGAAGUACGGCAGCGGCUACAUCCUGACGGUGGUUGGAGCCUCGUUGACGGCUGAUGGACAACAAGAUAUGGUCACACCCGUCACACCGGAAGCGGUUCAAGGCCUCGGUGAAGCCGUCCAGAAGGCCGUUGCCGGCGCACUUGGCGGAGACGCCGGUGGCUUCCCGCUUGGCCCGCCGCAUGGCCGCCAAAUCGAGAUGACGAUCCCGCUCAGCAACAAGGGCAACUUCCCCAAGAUGUGCAAGGCCCUCGAGAAGCUCAAGGAGGACGGGAAGAACGUGAGCGGCAACGUGGUGCUCGUCGACUUUGGCCUGUCGCUGAACACGCUCGAGCAGGUGUUCUUGAGGGUCGGCGAGCUCGGCGAGGGCAAACACGAGGAGCAGAAGGUCGGCCACUCGGAAUGGGCCAAAGCGCGUCGUCGUCACGGUUUCUGCAUGGUGUUCGCCCAGUUCUUAGCGAUGCUGAAGAAGCGCCUGCUCUACAACCUGAAGAACAUUCCGCAGUUUUGCGUGCAGAUCCUGAUCCCGAUCGGGCUCUUCUACUGCGUGAGCAUGAUCGUGAACGCCACCGACAAGGACGUGAACUCCUCGCUGGUCGGCCCGUCAAUGGUCCAUCCGGCGCGUUGCGUGUUAGAGGGCAACGAUGCCUCUCGUUUCGAGACCGAGCGCUUCCGCAAGUUGUUGAGCACCGGCUGCGAACUGCUUGAGCUGCCCGGAGGCGCCAACUUUAACAAGGAAGUUUAUAAGGCGGCCCACGACUCGCCCCGGCUGGCCAUCGGCUUCUGGCUGAACGGCAAGGAGCUGCUCGGCUGGUACAACCCGAACGGCUACCACACGGCCCCGCUGAUGGUGAACGUGGCGGACAACGUGCGGCUGCAGCAGAUUACCAACAACAACGCCUCGCAGAUCACGACGCGGUACGAGCUGUACGUGCCGCAGACGGCGUCCCAGAUUGAGCAGGAUAAGGGCGUGAAACAGGCUCGCAAGCUGGCGCUGAUUCCGCUGCUCCUGCUCGCGCUGUCGAUCCUCACCUCCGGCUGCAUCGUGCUGCUCGUCGAGGAGCGCACCUCCAAUUUCCAGCACCAGCAACUCCUCACCAAGCUGCACCCGAUCACCUUCUGGGGCGCGUCGCUCGUCUACGACCUGCUGCUGUGUAUGGUCGUGUUCACCGCCGGCUUCUUCAUCCUGCACCAUGGCCACGUGCUGUCGCCGCAUUCCCUCAAUUUGCUCGGCCGCUUCCUGGCCCUCUACCUCUGGGCGUGCCUGCCCUUCAUCUACUGCCUCUCGUACAUGUUCGCCUCGGCGGCCAAGGCCAACACGUUGCUGAUUGUUUGGCAGGUGACCAACCUCGUCAAGUGGUUCGGCUGCAACCGUCACCCGGCUGUCGACCGCAUCACAUUUUCCGUCGAGCCGGGCCAAUGCUUCGGGCUUCUCGGAACCAACGGUGCCGGCAAGACGACCACCAUCGACAUCCUGACCGGGUUGAAGACGUCGUCGGGCGGCCGGAUUCGCGUCUACGGAAAAUCUGGCGCCGGGAGCUCCGCGGUCGGUUACUGUCCGCAAUUCGACGCGGUGCUGAUGGACUUCACCGGCCGCCAGAUCCUGAACAUCAUGGCGACGUGCCACGGCUACGCCAGCCCGGCGAAGGUGGCCAAGCAGGUCCUCGCUGCCGUCGGCAUGUCCCACGACGGCGACAAGGCCAUCAAGUUCUGCAGCGGCGGCCAAAAGCGCAAGAUCAGCGUCGGCGUCGCCCUCCUUGCCCAGGACGCCAUCCGAAUCCUUGACGAACCGACGGCCGGUGUCGACCCGAAGGCCCGUCGUGACAUCUGGCAGCACCUCGAUCUGUCGCGCCAGCCCCCAGGCCGUACAGCUCAGCUGCUCACCUCGCAUUCGAUGGACGAGUGCGAGGCGUUGUGCACCAAGAUAUCGAUCAUGAUCAAGGGCCGAAUGUUUGCCAUCGGUUCAAGUCAACAUUUGAAGUCGAAAUACAGCGGCGGCUACACGAUGACCGUCGAGCUGAAACCGGACGAUUCCGAGGAGCAGGACCCGGAGCAGCGACAGGCCAAGCUGAAGGAGCGUGUCGGUGCCGUCACCGACGCCAUCAUCGGCGCGUUCCCCGAGGCCAAGAUCAAGGAGGCGGGCCAUUCUCGGGUCUGCAUCUAUGUGGUACCUUCUGGCGAGCUGCCGUGGUCAUCUGCCUGGGCAUCGAUGAACAAGCUGGGCGCGGACCCGAAGCUCACCAUCGCCGACUACAGUGUGACCCAGUGCGGCCUCGAGGACACCUUCAUGAAGGUGACGGCCCAGGCGAAC